AUGUGUCAGUGUCCAUUUACACCAACUCGAACAAAUCCUAUUGCUGAGACUUGUAAAAGUGUCAGGGACCAGCGUCAAGUUAGCGACUGGAAACCCUUUUUAAUUCUGUCUCACAAGAUGUCACCACACAAGACAAGCACCAUGAGUCUCUUCCGGGGCUUUCCAUUGCUUUUCUGCCACCUGCUGCUUCAUUUUUUGACGUUAACCCUUGCAUCAAGCUGUGAGAAAGGACAGUACUACAAUGCUUCCCUCAGUAAAUGCAUGAAAUGUUCAGAAUGUCCACUCAAUCAGAUUGUCCGACAACCAUGCAAGCAAAAUGAGGAUAUCACUUGUGGACCUUUCAUAGAAUUCAAGUUUUCAUCAUUCAGUCAGAAAGAUGGUGACUACAAUGAUCAUAAUCUGCCUUCAGACUCUAUAAUUGCAGGAAAUCGGCACAGUAGCCGGGAGAACAAAACAAAAUAUAUGAACUCGAUUGAGUUUUCACAUAUAGCUGUUGAUUCCUUUGGCCAUUUAGGUGUCCACAAUGCAGCUCCAAAUUCUGGUAUCUCUGCAAAUCAGUACGAGACUGAUAGGGAAUCCGGACACAGGGCAGUGACCAAUCCACGUGUGGAAGAAUAUGAAAGGAUUACCAAAGAGGAUAGUAAAUAUUGGCGUGAUUUAUCGUUUGCAUUGAUUGCUGUGUUUUGCCUGAUUGUGCUUGUGGCUACUGUAGUGAUCUGGUACCUGUGUCGUCGUUGUCGAUUGGCUGGGGAACACAAGAUUACAGAUGACUUUGAUAUUGAUGAUGCCGAUAGUUCGUACGUGGUCUUGCAUCAUUUCCAUCCUGUGAGAAACACAUACGAAACAUUGCAAACUGUGUCAGACUCUAGCAACGGCAUAAGACAACCUCUUUCACUCCGUGGCAAGCGAAUUUACCGUCCCAAGAGAAGACUGCUUAAUGAGUACGCAGAUGAUGUCUUUGAAUCUGAGGAUAGUGCUGGAUCGAAAACCAGUCGACGAUACCCUCUGCAAGUGAUUCCUGAAAAUGAGCGCUCGGAUAGUGAAGGCAAGGAUUCUGACGAGAUUGGACAUAGUUCUGAGCUACCCUCCUCAGAAAACAAUGAUGACACAGAAUCGCAAGUGAAACAAAGUUCUCCUAUUACAACUGAUACUCCUGUAGCUGCUGCUGAUUCAAGUACUCUAAAUGGUGACCAGAAAAAAUUCAGUUCUGCACAACCCAUGGUGAACUGUAUCAUAGAUGUUUAG